UCGAGUUAUUUAUUUAUUCAUUUAUUUUUGGCAGGUUCUGUCCUCCAUGCACAAGUGCCUCCUUUAGAUAAUUCAUAUGGUUAAUUGACUGCAAUUAAAAGACUCCUUGCUGGGCUGUUUUUCCUCAUAGUUGAAGAUUAAAAUUGGCCCACAGUGCUGUUAGCAUUUAAGACAAGAGGCACCACCAGGACUGUCUCACACUCGUGCCAAAUCUCUUUUUUUAUCCCAUCUUUCAGUCUCGCAUUCACUCUUAACAUUUGCACACUUACCCACCCACAGCCUCUUGUUCUCCACACAUGCUUUAACCUCAAAACACUACACAAACAGAAAGAAAAGCUUUGACGUUUCCUAGCGUGUGACUACCCCCGCUGUUUGCCGACGUGGUAUCUACCGAGAGCGAGCAGUCACCUCCCCUCCCUAAGUCAGAUUUGUCACCACUCCAAGGAAAUACACUGUACCUUCGAGUCGAGUAAAGAAACUGUAGUUACACUCUUCUAGCUGGAUGCCCACAGAUACAUUUAGAAAUAAAAAGGGGGCCAGGUUGUCUUCACUGGAGGAGGUUGGCGUAGAAAUUUAGGCUGACAAGUCAUAACGAGAAUACUUCUGAAUCCCUGGGAGAUCCUUUGAAUCCUCCUCCCUCCUCCUUCCAAUGUUUCAGUGGUUGGGGCCAUGGCCUCUCAGUCAGGCAACAUGAACCGUGAGGACCGGAAUGUGCUCCGAAUGAAAGAAAGAGAAAGGAGAAAUCAAGAAAUCCAGCAGGGAGGAGGAGGAGAGGCCUUUCCAGCAAAUUCACCUCUCUUCCCUGAACCCUACAAAGUGUCCAGCAAGGAAGAUAAACUGUCAAGCCGUAUUCAGAGCAUGCUGGGCAAUUACGACGAGAUGAAAGAGCCGAUUGGUGACACACUUCCUAAGCUUGGCGGUAAACCUUCUAACAGCUCGUCUUCCUCCGAGGAGAAAUCGGGCCCACCUUUGUUCGGCGGGGACCAGCGCGCCGUCGGUAGCAGUGGCAGCAGCCAGAGCAGCAAGUGGACUCCUGUUGGCCCCGCAGCAGGUGGAUCUUCAUCCCAGUCCGGGAAACGCUCAGGACUUCAGGGCGGGCACGGUAGCCAGAGGGGCAGCGGCAGUAGCGGCAGCAGCAGCAGUAGCCAAAGACACGGAGGGGAGGUGCGAGAAAAGAAGUCAAGUAAACACAGCGGAGGGUCAGAGCACUCAAAGUCGCACACGUCGAGUCCGGCAAAGGGCUCCCUGAGCUCCUCCAGCAGCAACAGCCACUUGCGGAGCUCCUUGUCUGCCGAGCAGCAUCACAGCAAGGAGCGCUACCGCUCCAAGUCCCCACGAGACCGAGAGGCCAACUGGGACUCCCCGUCGCGGGUUCACACCACCUUCACCACUGGACAGCACUCAAGUCAGGCCUUUCCCCCGUCUCUCAUGUCCAAGCCCGGCUCCAUGCUGCAGAAGCCCACAGCGUAUGUGCGGCCUAUGGACGGCCAGGAAACGGCAGAACCCAAGAGCUCACAAGCAGAAAGCUACAGCGGACAGUCGCACAGCAGCACCAUGGGAGAGAUGAAGUCCAACAGCAAGGCCUCACUUUCCAAACUCAAGAUCCCCUCACAGCCUGUAGAGGGAUCCGGUGACGCCAACUGUGUCGAUGAGAUUCUGAAGGAAAUGACUCAGUCGUGGCCCCCUCCGCUGACAGCCAUCCACACCCCCUGCAAAACAGAGCCCUCCAAGUUUCCAUUCCCAACCAAGGACUCUCACCCUUUUACAAGUGAGUACCACAAGCGGGGCAGCUCUUCCAAGAGCUCCAGCAGCCACCAGUCCAAAGCUUGCGAAGACCAGCCCACUAUGCUGGAAGAUGACCUGAAGCUGAGCAGCAGUGAGGACAGUGAUGUGGAACAGGACUCCGCCAAGAACGCCUCAAGGAACACAUCAGCAAGCAAUAACAGUGAAGGAGCGGAGCAGUCGAGGGAUGACUCCAGCAGCCACAGCGGCUCAGAGAGCAGCUCGGGCUCCGACAGCGAGAGCGAAAGCAGCACGACGGACAGCGAAGCCAAUGAGCCACCGCGGCCCGCCUCUCCUGAGCCUGAACAACCGAUGGCCAACAAGUGGCAGCUGGACAACUGGUUCAAGAAGGCCAAGCAGUUCUCCCCGGCCUCUCCAGUGGACAAUAAUGUUCCAACCAAGUGCAAGAAAGAGAGCAGAGAUAACGGCUCAGGACGCGGCUAUAGCAGCCAGGGAGGGGGUUCAAAAGACUCAACGGCACCCACCCCAAGCAGGGACCUACGGGCGGCACAAAAGGGUGCAGAGGUUGGCCGUGGCCGGCAAAAAUCCCCCGCCCAGAGCGAGGGCGGCACAAAUCCGCGAAGGAGUGUGGGUAAAAAACAGCCUAAAAAGUCAGAGAAGCCCCCAGUGGUGGAGGAACCAAAGGGAGGUCUGAGGGUGGAGAGUGAGCCGGCGCCGGAGAUACCACCUCAUCGAGCCAAAGCUGCUACUAAGGGUUCCCGCAAACCAAGCAUCAAAAAAGAACCCAAAUCCUCACCGAGGCCCACCGCGGCCGCCGUCACAACCACCGCAGAUAAACGCAAGGCCAAGGCGCCCACCAAGACUUCCCAGAAGUCUCGGGAGUUUGUCGAUACGGACUCUUCGUCGUCAGACUCUGAGGGGAACGAAAGCAUCCCGUCCUCGUCGCAGACGCCCAAGUACACGGAGAGUAUCAGGACCCCCGUGUGUGUGUUUUCUCCAAUGGAAGAAAAAGAGCUGCUGUCUCCACUCAGUGACCCUGAGGAACGCUACCCUGCAAGGCAGCCUCAGCAGCAGGUUUUACUAGUGAAGAUAGAUCUCAGCUUGCUGUCUAGGAUCCCAGGGCGGCCCUACAAGGAGCUUGCAGAGAUAAAAGUGGAGAGAGACGACUCUCUAGACCGGGACAGCAAAGACUUAAGCAAACAGAGCUCUGAGAAGAGCUCGAGUAAGGCCAAGAGGAAACACAAGAACGACGAAGAAGGCACCAAGCCAGAGAACAAGCGAUGCAAGCUAGAGGAGAAGUCUCUAUCUCAUCAUAAAAACAGCAGUAAAGAGUCUAAGAGGUCUUUGGAGAAGAAAGAGGAGCCAGUCCCCUCUCCAUCCAUGUCAGGGCUCCAGCGGACGCCCAAGGCAGAGCAUCCGAGUCGAAAGAGGACAGUCAGCCAGUCCUCCACCUCUUUGUCCAGCGGGACAGGAAGUGGGAAGGAGGGGAGCCACAGCACCAAGGGCAACUCCACCUCCAAACACAGAAAAGGAGAGGACAAGGGGCGCAGCACACGCGAUGGCAAGGAGAAAUCCUCAAAGGGCUGCGAUAACCAGCUGGCUGUGCCUCCGCUCUCCACGGACGGCUCCAAGUCUACGAGAUCCAAGCUGGUGUUUGAGGACAGGGUCCAUUCGGCAGAUCACUACUUACAAGAGGCCAAGAAACUUAAACACAACGCAGAUGCACUGCUGGACCGUUUUGAGAAGGCAGUCUACUACCUGGACGCCGUGGUGUCCUUCAUUGAAUGUGGUAAUGCUCUGGAGAAGAGCGCCCAAGAGGCAAAGUCUCCCUUCCCCAUGUAUGCUGAAACGGUGGAGCUCAUCAAAUACACUAUGAAGUUAAAAAACUACCUGGCCCCAGAUGCUACUUCAGCAGACAAGAGGCUCGCUGUGCUUUGCCUACGAUGCCAGUCUCUCCUCUACCUGCGGUUAUUCAAGCUAAGGAAAGACAGCGCACUGAAAUACUCCAAAACACUCACCGAACACUUGAAGAAUUCUCUGAGUAACACCCAGGCUCCCUCUCCUGGAAUGGCAAACAGCAAGGCGGCGGGUAUGCCCUCUCCAGUGUCUCCCAAACUGUCACCGGGCACGGGCGGCGGCUACUCGGCAGUCACCAGCACCAGCAGCGCCAGCUCGUCUGUGACCAUACCUCAGCGUAUCCACCAGAUGGCUGCAAGCUACGUCCAGGUCACCUCCAACUUCCUGUUCGCCACCGAGGUCUGGGACCAGGCGGAGCAACUAUCCAAGGAGCAGAAAGAAUUCUUCUUGGAGUUGGACAAGGUGAUGGGUCCUCUGAUCUUCAACACCAGCAGCAUGACAGAACUGGUGCGUUACACACGGCAGGGCCUCCACUGGCUACGUCUGGACGCAAAGCUUAUUCCCUAGCGAGGACUCCACUUCCCUGCUCGCUGCUUCCACUUCACACACACCUCAGCAACAUGUGCUCAAAGACACACACGCAUGCCCUCGCAGACAGACACACAUACAAUGAUGUACUGUACCCACACACACACACACACACACACACACACACGAUGAACUUCUCAGACAUAUCUCCAACACUGUGUUCAUUUUCUACACCAGCUUGCCAAAAACACUGAGCAACCUAGAGCAUCUCACACCGUUGACAGCACCACACAGGGAGACGCAUUCAAACUGCAGCACAGGAACAAAACAGAGCUUACCGCCAUGCUUCAUAUAUCGGCAUUCUUACAAUCUCUGAAGGUUUUUAUCUAUUCGGCAUGGAGGCGCUGGGUGAGUUAUUUGACGCUUAAAAAAAUGGGGUUUGGUUUUUAGGCUACUUUGGCUUUUAACUUUUUAUUUCACUUUGUUUCACCAAAGUACCUCCCAUAAACACCAAAGGUGCUUUAAAAUGAAGGUUUCUCUUUAUCAUUUUUGUGCCUUGUAUGUGAGCGACAGGAAAACAAACAGCCACCCGUCAUAUCUGAAUACAUUUUUCAUUUUUCCCUCUUUUUUUUUUUUUUUUUUAAACUCAUUUUAUGCAUUUUAAAACAUUUAGCAGUUAACGGAAGCUGGCAUCAUUUAUGUUUUUGAUUGCAGUCUUUCAAUUUUAAGGUAUUUUAUAGCAAAGAUGGCCACAAAUUUAAGCGAUCAUCUUGAUCUACCUUUCACUUGAGGCGCUAAAGCUGGAUCUUGGAGCAAGAUUUAAGGACGGACUGUAGGAAGGGCUACUGUGCACAGCAGAUAAAUACUUCUGACAUACACAUAUUUAUAAAUGUUCUCUUUAUCAAUCAGUGUAUACGUUUUUAAAAGUGUCAUUUUUAUUUUCCAGAAUCAUGAACUACUUUUAGCCCUUCUAUAAAUUUCAAACCAAUGUGAUCCGGUUUGAUACAAGGAGCAGCGUGGCCUCUAGGGGACGCUAGCGGGGGCUUUUUAGACUUUUGGCCUUAAUAAAAUUGAUCACGUUAAUGUUCUCUCUAAGAGAUUUGCUGUCUUUGAAGCUCCAGAAAACACGUCUCUUCCUAUGAAAUGUUGCUACAUUGUUCAUUGAGAAAUUUCCUCGAGAAUGAGUCACUUCCAGACAGUGUUAUUCUUCUUUUUUUUUUUCUCGAUUCCCCGUGUUUGUUCAGAGUGUAUUUUUCUAAGGAGCAGCAGGGAGUGUCUUAAGUAUUGAAGUUUCCACACACACAAUGCAGUUAUUUAUAUUGCAGUUAUAUUAGUCACCACUAAUUUGGCACAACAAAAUUCAUCUGGAAGGAAAGACUUUAGAGAGGCAAACUCAUCAGUGUUGCAUUUAUAGAACAAAGAGUUUUAAAUCUAUCAUUAUAUAUUUCGAAAAAAGAAGUAUAACGGCCAAUAAAGAUUUUAUUUAUAUACCAAGCAGUUUUUUCUUUCUUCCUCUGGCCAAGCAGAAGUAUAACUUUUCAAAUGCAUUCUUUUAAAACAGGGUUGAACCGGGGGUUAUGAGAUGCAAAGUAUUUGUAUAUGUCAUUUUUUUUUUUCCUAUUUAAAUUUUAAUCAUACUUAUAUUACAAGACGGUAGAUAAGAAACGUGUCAGCUAGUUGUUAGGCAAGGUAGAAAGUAACGGUGUAUGCCGGCUGUCCUGAUGUGAACAUUUCUGUUAUUUAAAAAUCACUGGUUGUCAUCGAGGGAAAUGUUGUUUUUUGAAUGAAGACGUUAACUUUACGCCCAAUAUUUCAGUUGAUAUUUGGGUGUUUGGUAACGGUCAAUGACAUGAAGGACUGUCCUUUUUUUGUGUUUUUUUUUUUUUUUAAGCCCAUUUCCCACUAAAACAUGCUGGAAAUAUUAAAGCCUUGGUCAAAUAGUA